AUGCCACCUAGAUUUCGUCAGUCAUCAUCAUCGCAUUCAUCAUACAAUCCGAACACGCAUCACCGUAUUCAAAUACACAAUCACCGUCCAAAUACGCCAUCACCUUAUCCUAUAUAUGCUAAAUCUCCGCCUGAUCAGUCUCCUCAAACUCAGUACACACCAUCUCGUAAUCCAUCUAUCAAUCCUCAAUCUCCGCCUGAUCAGUCUCCUCAAACUCAGUACACACCAUCUCGUAAUCCAUCUAUCAUUCCUCAAUCUCCGCCUGAUCAGUCUCCUCAAACUCAGUACACGCCAUCUCGUAAUCCAUCUAUCAUUCCUCAAUCUCCGCCUGAUCCGUCUCCUCAAACUCAGUACACGCCAUCUCGUAAUACAUCUAUCAUUCCUCAAUCUCCGCCUGAUCAGUCCCCUAAAACUCGGUACACACCAUCACGUAAUCCAUCUAUCAUUCCUCAAUCUCCGCCUGAUCAGUCUCCUCAAACUCAGUACACACCAUCUCGUAAUCCAUCUAACAUUCCUCAAUCUCAGCCUGAUCCGUCUCCUCAAACUCAGUACACGCCAUCUCGUAAUCCAUCUAUCAUUCCUCAAUCUCCGCCUGAUCAGUCUCCUCAAACUCAGUACACACCAUCUCGUAAUCCAUCUAUCAUUCCUCAAUCUCCGCCUGAUCCGUCUCCUCAAACUCAGUACACGCCAUCUCGUAAUCCAUCUAUCAUUCCUCAAUCUCCGCCUGAUCAGUCUCCUAAAACUCGGUACACACCAUCACGUAAUCCAUCUAUCAUUCCUCAAUCUCCGCCUGAUCAGUCUCCUCAAACUCAGUACACACCAUCUCGUAAUCCAUCUAACAUUCCUCAAUCUCAGCCUGAUCCGUCUCCUCAAACUCAGUACACGCCAUCUCGUAAUCCAUCUAUCAUUCCUCAAUCUCCGCCUGAUCCGUCUCCUCAAACUCAGUACACGCCAUCUCGUAAUCCAUCUAUCAUUCCUCAAUCUCCGCCUGAUCAGUCUCCUCAAACUCAGUACACACCAUCUCGUAAUCCAUCUAACAUUCCUCAAUCUCAGCCUGAUCCGUCUCCUCAAACUCAGUACACGCCAUCUCGUAAUCCAUCUAUCAUUCCUCAAUCUCCGCCUGAUCAGUCUCCUCAAACUCAGUACACACCAUCUCGUAAUCCAUCUAACAUUCCUCAAUCUCAGCCUGAUCUGUCUCCUCAAACUCAGUACACACCAUCUCGUAAUCCAUCUAUCAUUCCUCAAUCUCCGCCUGAUCCGUCUCCUCAAACUCAGUACACACCAUCUCGUAAUCCAUCUAACAUUCCUCAAUCUCAGCCUGAUCCGUCUCCUCAAACUCAGUACACGCCAUCUCGUAAUCCAUCUAUCAUUCCUCAAUCUCCGCCUGAUCAGUCUCCUCAAACUCAGUACACACCAUCUCGUAAUCCAUCUAGCAUUCCUCAAUCUCAGCCUGAUCCGUCUCCUCAAACUCUCCUCAAGACCAAUACACACUGUCUCUCAGUUCAAAUUUUCCAAAUACUUCAUUUAAUCAUCAAAACCAUAGACUAUAUGCAAUAG